AUGGAGUCUUCCACCCAAAAGGCACAAGAUGCCACCACCUCGCGCACAUCUACUACCGUGCCUGCGACGCCUGUCGAACCCCCGCCGACGCCGCGCCCUCAACCCAUAGACCCAUCCGCGCCGCAACCGCAACCAGAACCCCAUCAGCGACCCCAAACAGAAAUACAAUCACAACCCCAGCCCGCCGUGGCACCCGUCAUUCGCGAGUCGUCGACGACCACCGCAUCCCCCGGAAAACGUCGAAACUCUCAAGAUCCUGCUGUCGCGCAAGCGCAGGCGAGCGCAUCAGCAGCGGGCGAGUCGUCGAGCAGCGCGGCUAAGCGCCCAAAGCCCACGGCUGGCCCGCCGAAAAUCCUGCCCCAGCGAUAUGAGCUGUGUAGCACCGAGGAUAUGGUUGUACUCAUAUCCCACAUGCUUUCAGAGUUGAUAGAGACCAACGAUGCUCUGGCUCUCCGUUCUGGAAGCCUGACUCGCUUCCACUCAAGAUUGGCAAAGCAUGCGACGCUCAUCCCGCCGCUGCUGCUAUCUAUGGUCUACUAUAUUGACCGGCUCUGUGCAUUAUACCCAGAGUUCACCAUCAAUACGCUGACUGUCCAUCGCUUUCUCAUCACGGCUGCGACUGUGGCGGCCAAGGGUCUAUCGGAUCUGUUUUGGAACAAUACAACAUAUGCACGAGUUGGAGGCGUUAGAGUCGCCGAGCUCAAGCUGCUGGAGCUUGAAUUUCUAUACAGGGUAGACUGGAAGAUCGUCCCGAACCCAGAAGUCCUUGUGGCUUAUUACCGCGGCCUCGUUGAGCGCUGCCCAGGAUAUGCUUUGCAGGAGGAAGACGCAGAAGCGAUUGAAGAAGAUGAAGAUUCUGACGAAGUCGAAGAUGAUGGAUCGACAGAGAUUUCAGACGGAGGAGCUGACGACAGCGGAGACUCGCCGGACGAAGAGAGCCCGGCCAAGUCUCCGCAUGGGGAUGAAGCAGGGCCAUCGCAACCCUCAUAA